AUGGCUCAGUUCUUCCUCGACCGUGCACCGCCGACGUCGGCGUGGCCCCCGGAAUAUUCAUCCGCUCCUAGUUCGCUGCCGCCGCCGUCGUCCACGUCGGAAGAUGAUGAGUCCUCGUCUCAAGGCAGGGUCGCCGCUGGCCUCGUCAUCGGCUUCCUCGCCUUGUUACUUCUCGUCGCUGUAGUUUACAGCCUCUGCAAGUGGCGCCGCCGAAGCCGCGCUCUCGCUCGCACUCGAGCAAGGGCCGCGGCCUGGGCCGCCAUCCCCGCCGCUCCGCUGCCGCUACAGGCUGAGCCGCGCGCUCGCACCGAGCGGCGGCGGCUGGUCCGAAGGGCCAGCACCCUUGCCCCGACGCCGACUGCCCGUCUCCCGGCGUUCACGUACAGCCAGUCGGCGAAGCACAACGUGGCGGGCACCGGGGAGGAGGCGGCGACGUGCUCGGUGUGCCUCGGCGCCUUCCAGGACGGCGAGUCGGUGCGGCUGCUGCCGGCGUGCCUGCACCUGUUCCACGUCGAGUGCAUCGAUCCGUGGCUGGACGCGCACUCGACGUGCCCGAUCUGCCGCUCCGACACUGACCCGACAGUGGACGUCGCGGCGCGGCUACCGCCUGUUUAG